GCCCGGCGGCGGCCAGCCUCCCGGCCGGAGGACCCCGGCCGGCGCCGGCGGAGGAAGACGUGGAGCUGAGGCCGCGCGGGGCGGCUGUGGUGAGGCGGCCGCGGAGGAGCACGUGCGCGCUGUGUCGGGGGGCCCGGACCCCCAGCCGCGCCCCGCCAUGUCCAAGGUCUCCUUUAAGAUCACGCUGACGUCGGACCCGCGGCUGCCCUACAAAGUGCUAAGCGUUCCUGAAAAUACUCCUUUCACAGCAGUCUUAAAGUUUGCUGCAGAAGAAUUUAAAGUUCCUGCAGCAACAAGUGCCAUCAUAACAAACGAUGGAAUCGGAAUAAAUCCUGCCCAGACAGCUGGAAACGUUUUCCUAAAGCAUGGUUCCGAAUUACGAAUUAUUCCUAGAGACCGUGUCGGGAGCUGUUAACAUCUACUAACUGGAUUCUAGAAUAAGGGAAUGAGCCAAUUCCAAUUGAAUGUUUAUAUUUAUUUUGUAACCUUGCUAUUUAAAAUUUUAUGCAUCAAUUUUAGGAAGUAAAAUAAGAGAUGACAUUAAUUCCCCUCAGAAUUGUUCACCAAGGAUUUCCCUGUAAAGCUGUUAAUAUUUGGAAUUGACUUGGUUCCCAUUGUUUGUCCCUGGGUUUCUCAGAGCGGUUUCUGUACGGAAAAAGGCAAGUGACUCCAGCAAAAAGACACUAUAUAUAAGAUAACGUAAGUUUCUUCUCCACUUCUCCUCCCCCCGCCCUGUCACCAGUACUGUCAUGCGUCGUCAGAAAUAGUAAUUUGGGGAAGUGCUAAUCAGCUUCCUUAACAAGAGGAAGUUACUAAGCAAUGUCUUCCCCCGUAAAAUCUGAAAAGUUAAAUAUUUGAAAACGUAAGACUUCCAGGGCACAAACAUUGAUAGAAGGUAUGGUAAAUUAUGAACCUCCUACAGUCUUGCUAAAGAGUAUCUUUAUUCUUGAGUUUGCUAUCAUUUGGCGUUUCCAGGACUAGAUUGACUUCAAUUUUUCAUUAAAAUCGAAAUUAAAGGUAACUUACUAAGGGUCAACAACUGAACUGUAUAAGUUUGCACGAAUUAUGGGAAUUGGCAUCAGACCCCUAUUCAGUUUUAUUUGAUACGCAGAAGAAUAUGGUUUAUGUUGGAGUAUUUAAAUUAACUGCACUGUAAUAGAUGUUGAGUUCCAUGUACCUUUAAUGACACACUAGAACAAAAUCUGUUUGGUAUAUUUCGUACUGUAGAAAGAAAAAUCAUGGAGUCUGGUGCAGUGAAAUUGUUUAAAUUAUUGUGCUUUAAUUAAUUAAGUAGUAUCUGUAACAAAUUCUCUAAUUAAAACUAAAUUGGUACACCUAUACGCAGAUCUUUUCAUUAAAGAAAUUUAUUUGUUCCCCUUGACAAGUUGCAAUUGGUAAUCAUACUUAUGUGCCUGAAUUCAGUAAUUAUUGCUUUUUGUUUAAAUUUUAACUCUUAAUCCUAAAUUAGUAGAUAUUGUAAUGCUUUGUAAAAAUAGCUUUUAUGUAUGUCCGAAAAGAAAAGCCUCAGCCUAGCAUUAUUCAGUCAUCUGUUUUACUCUCAGAAAUAAACAUCUUAAUUUUUACUUCA